AUGGCUGACGGCGAUGAGUGCUCCGUCUCCAAGUCGCCGGAUGGCAUCACGACCGUUACGCUCAACCGACCGGAGCGCAAAAACGCCGUCGACCCGGCCACGGCCAUGAAGCUCGCUGCCGCUUUCGCAGACUUCGAGGCCGACGAUGGACAAAAGGUCUGCAUCCUGCACGGUGCGCACGGCACAUUCUGCGCCGGCUUCGACCUCCAUGCGCUGGCUGGGACCUCCGUGUCGCAGGGACGCGGGGGGCAGGAUCAUCGGAGGGAACCAGAGGCGCGACCAAAGCUGGACGCGUACGUCGUCGACGCCGAAGCCCACGGACGGGGCAAAAACGCGGCGCCGAUGGGCCCGUCCAGGAUGCAGCUCAGCAAGCCUGUGAUCGGUGCCGUGUCCGGUCACGCCGUCGCCGGCGGCCUCGAGCUGGCCCUGCUGGCGGACGUGCGCGUGGCCGAGGAUGACGCCAUCUUCGGCGUCUUCUGCCGUCGCUGGGGUGUGCCGCUGCUGGACGGCGGCACCGUGCGCCUGCAGGCCGUCGUCGGCCUCGGCCGUGCCAUGGACAUGAUCCUCACCGGCCGUCCCGUCUCGGCGGCCGAGGCUCUUCAGAUGGGCCUCGUCAACCGCGUCGUGCGGCGGGGCGCGGCGUUGGAGGAGGCGACCAAGAUUGCGCGCCAGCUGCUGGCCUUUCCGCAGGCGUGCAUGAAGGCGGACCGCGCGAGCUGCUACUACGCCGCGUACGAUGCCGUCUCGUUCGAGGAUGCCAUGAGGAACGAGUUCACCAGGGGCGUCGGCGUCGUCGCCGAGGAGAGCGUCGCCGGCGCCGGCCGGUUCAGCAGAGGUGCUGGCCGCCAUGGCACCUUUGCGGACUCGAAGCUUUGA